AUGCCUCCUCCGGACCAACGCAAGAAACAUUGUCAAACCGUUGGCUUCAAUCCUACAGAAGAGAAAAUGGAAGAAGGGGAAGUAGAGUCAAGUAGUUCUGAAGAAGAGACCUACACGCACGAAAAAGCAAGCUCAACGACUGCGAAAGAAGAAGAAGAAACUCUCGAUACUAGUGCGACUGAGGCAACAGCCGAUCCACUCGACAACCUCGAUCUUCCUGCUAUUGGCGAAUUGUGUCAGGAGACGUGUGGCUAG